UCAAUAUUACAUGCAUGUGGGGAAAGAACGUUACUCAACAAUGCCUAGCAAAUAAGUAAGGUAUUCUUUAGAGACAUAUUUUGUUACAGGGAAACCCAAUUUGAGAUUUUCCUUGACAUAAAUCAAUCCUUACACGAAAAGGAAGAACUAAAUUGGAAGAAAAUACAACCCAUCAAUGUGUAUAUAUACGUAACAUAACCCCAUAUUUCAUUUCAUUCACCAACAAGAGCUUAGACAAAUUAAGCUACCUUUGCUAGAAACAUAAAAGCUAAAGAGAAACCAAUUAAGCAGAAAAUGUCUUUUGAUCAAAAGACACGUGAAGCUGAUCGUAUCUAUGAUGAAUUUGAACCAUCCUCUGAUUGGGAUCAUGAGGAUACAAGUGACACACUAAUUCUUAUGCUUCCAGGAUUUAAGAAGGAUCAAUUGAGGGUUCAAGUAACCUCAACCCGAGUGCUAAGGGUUAGUGGUGAAAGACAAAUGAAUGAGAAAAAAUGGCGUCGACUUCACAAAGAAUUUUCAAUACCACCUCAUUCUGAUACAAAUAACAUUGGUGCCAAAUUUGAAGCUGGAAUCUUAUAUAUUAAGCUUCCAAAACUCAUCAACCAACAAAAUAUAGUUCCAACACCAACCAAACCAAUAACACAACAAGAACCUCAAAAGCCUCAGCAACCAGCAACAAUUCCUCAGAAACCAAACACUGCUCCUCAAGUUUCUGAUCAGAAAAAACAAGUAGUACAUCAAGAACCAAACAAAGAAAUUGAAGAAGUGUCUCAAAGGAAGGGAAAAGGUAAAGCUGAGGAAUUAAAAGAAGAUAUUGAUGAUGUGAAUAACAAAGUUGCAUCAAAAGUAUACGAAAAAAGUCAUUGACUAUGGAAAUGGUUUCAAGACAGAGACAAGAAUAUGUGAAUGCAUUAUGUGGUUUGGUUGAUGAAGUUAAGAAGCAGAAGAAGCUGGUUAAUUUGUUGGUGCUUGUGUUUUUGGUCUUGCUGUUUGGUCUCUAUGUUAAGAAUGUAAUUAAUUCAUUUUUUUUCUUGAGGAGGACACAAAAACCAAGAGUUGUAAUUGAUUAAUUUCAACUCAAUUGUGUUAUCAUGUCAAUAAGUACGGUAUUGAUACAAGAAUUAUCUGCAUGUGUAAUAAUUAUACGAAUAAAGAAUGUUUAAGGUUUCUAAUUAUAUCUGCAUGUGAAAAGGGGUUGAUGAUUAUUAAUGAUUAUGGUGAUAAUGUGAUGAUG